AUGAUGUUUGCGAACGCGCUGCCAUUACAGUACCGGGGCGACGCCGUUCAGUACGCCGUGUACAUCCUGAACAGGAGCCCGACGCGCGCAAACGAGAAGCGAGCGUCGCCACUCGAGAUGCUGAAGGGCAAGGUGCCGGAUCUGCGUGGCAUCGUCGUCUUCGGCUCAGCGUGCAGUGUCUACCGCGAUCCGCGCAAGAACUCGCUGCUGAAGCGAUCACAGUACGGGAUCAUCGUCGGUGUUAACAAGGAGAUAAAGGGGUACAAGGUGCUGCUGACGCGCUAG